AUGGGGCCACAAACAUUACAGAUGAGGAAACCGACUAUACAUCACACAAAUGAGGAAACCGACUAUACAUCACACAAGUCUGAAAGACCAAAUGAUGUCACACUAACACAUGGGGCCACAAAAAUUACAGAUGAGGAAACCAACUACUCACCACAGAAGUCUGAAAGACCAAAAGAUGUCACACUAACACAUGGGGCCACAAACAUUACAGAUGAGGAAACUGACUACGCACCACAGAAGUCUGAAGGACCAAAAUAUGUCACACUAACACAUGGGGCCACAAACAUUACAGAUGAGGAAACCGACUACACAUCACAGAAGUCUGAAAGACCAAAAGAUGUCACACGAACACAUGGGGCCACAAACAUUACAGAUGAGGAAACCGACUACACAUCACAGAAGUCUGAAAGACCAAAAGAUGUCACACGAACACAUGGGGCCACAAACAUUACAAAUGAGGAAACCGACUACACAUCACAGAAGUCUGAAAGACCAAAAGAUGUCACACUAACACAUGGGGCCACAAACAUUACAGAUGAGGAAACUGACUACACAUCACGGAAGUCUGAAAGACCAAAAGAUGUCACACUAACACAUGAGGCCACAAACAUUACAAAUGGUGAAACCGACUACACAUCACAGAAGUCUGAAAGACCAAAAGAUGUCACACUAACACAUGGGGCCACAAACAUUACAGAUGAGGAAACUGACUACGCACCACAGAAGUCUGAAGGACCAAAAUAUGUCACACUAACACAUGGGGCCACCAACAUUAGGGAUGAGGAAACCGACUACACAUCACAGAAGUCUGAAUGA